AUGAUGGGAGAGAUUUACUCACAUGCAUGGCGGGUCAUUAUUUGUCUUGGAGAUGACGGACACAAUGGCGAAUCUGCUAAGAUAGCUUUUGACGUGAUUAGAGACUACAACCGAAUCGCCGCGAAGUACAUGGUGGAGUCCCGAAUCGCCGAUGGUAGUUGGUGGAGGCCGAAGGAGGAGGACGGGGGUUUUGGGCCGGUCACUGGCGACCGGCUGCUCCACGCCGUGAAGAUUGUCGAAAAGCCGUGGUUCGGGCGGGUCUGGGUCUUCCAGGAGGUUGGGCUCUCCAGAGAUGCCAUCUUGGCGUACGGUGGCUCGACCAUCAACUUCACCGAGAUCAUGGAGCUUAUCGAGGCAUGGGGGCAGACGGGAAACGAGUUUCCCGGUAUCUCUUUCAUGUCCGGCUGGAUCUCUGGAUUCUUCACACAUAUUUGGGCGACUUUUGCCACGAGCAUCGACCAGUCAUGGUAUCGGUCUUCCUUUAUCCUGAGAACCUCCGCACAGCAUGUCAUGCGGAGGAACACGGCGGAAUUUUUGGACGUACUCUUCAAAGCGAGACGGAUGCAGAAAGCGACGGAUCCUCGGGACUUUGUCUACGCCUUUCUGGGGCAUCCUCUUGCGAGAUCGGAAGACGGAGAGCUCCUGGUGGAAGCUGACUAUACAACAACCAUAUCGGAGCUAAGACUGCGGCUCUUCUCUCGCCUUGCUGAACGAUCUCUUCGAUUCACUGGCUUGACAUGGCACAAAUUCCUUACAGAUCUCUCCGACGGGCCAUCGUGGUGUCCAUAUCUAGACUGCCAUCGAAACUGGACAAUCAACGGCAGGUAUGAUGCCAGCAGAGGUGAACACCUACUGGUCCCGGUCGGGAAGCACCGCGCCCGUGUCAGCGGUUUCUGCCUCGAGGCAUCUGUCUAUAUUGUCGACACGGUCUUACUUUGCGGUGAGGUAGCCGGGGGGGAUGAAGACGCUUCCUAUGUUCCCACAGAAAAAAUGCUUUCCGCUCAGCCCAGUCUCGCGGAACAAUACUGGGCAGUCCUGGAGGCCACAGAGAGCCGUAACGGCCUUGCCUACCCGGACAAGGCUCUGGCAUUCGCUAGCACCCUUCUGCACAGCUGUGACGAGGAUGACCACGCAUCGAUUGCCAGGAGCUUCGGCGACUUCUGCAGAGAACAUUGUCCGAUAAUCCAGAAUUAUCUUGAAAAGUAUGAAUGGCUCGACCAAUGGGCCUUGGAGACGACUCGUUUCAUACCGUUCAUUCCUCGCUCGGGGAGUAGCAUCAAUGGAGAAAGGUUUUUCACGACAAUGAAGGGAUAUUGGUACGUAAGACUCUUUCUUGACAAGUCGUAUGGCCCGCAGUAA